AUGAUCUGCUAGACCUGUAAAAUCAACAACAAUCGUUCCGUUAUCUUUGACAAUAAUUGCCAAUUCCAUCGUUAACCAUUAUAAUCUGUGUCCCUUAAUUUAUCAAAAUAGACUUAGAUGUAUAAGGCAUGUAAGAAAUGCGAGGAGGAGAGAAAAAAUGAAAAAUUUUUUAGUUUUAAUGAAAUAAAGCAAAAAUUGAAUACCCAUGAAUCUCUAGAGCAAUUAAAUUAGAUUGUGAAAAUAUCAUAAAAAAUACUCUAAUAAGCAGAAGAGGAGAAGAAUAAGCUAAUUAGUUUGGCAGAAGAAAUAGCAGAGACCGUUAUGAAUGGAAUAUAUCAAUUUUUUCAAUUUUAGGCUCCUAAUAAAGCAGCAGCAGGUAGUGAAUUUUCUGCUCAAGAAUUAUUUUCUUUGUUAACACCAUCGACAAUAAAGUCUUUGGAAGAUUUAAAAAAUAAAUAAAUUUCUAUACAGAUUGCAGAUGAUAUGAGUGCUAUGCUUUUAACCAAAGUAUUAUUUAUGGAAAGAGUGGGAGAAUUUAUAAAAUAAUAUGAAACAAAUUCAUCAACAAUACAAAAUUAAAUGAAGUAAGGAGUCCAGAAUUUAUAAAAAACUAAAACUAAGAUACAAAAUUUAAUCAAGAUUUAACCGAAUCUGUAAAACGAAUAGAUUUAGCCACAGCUAUAAUUCAUGUAGAGUUAACAAGUUAGUUAAGUCAUUUCAAAUCAAUAAAAGAGCUAAAUCCCGAAAAUUCAACAAGAUAGCUAAUUUAUAUAUUAGUAGGGAAUUUUAUCAGAUAUUAUUGAUAAUGAAUCAACAAUAGAAAAGUUUAGGGGAAAUAGAAAAUAAAUAACUUAUGAUGAUGGUGAUCCUCUCCAAGUCAAGGCAAUAAUGAAUAUAAAUAAUGAGGAAUUAGGUUUUGCAAGGAGGGAUUGUAUAUGUAUAUUAGAUAAGAGAAAUAAUUUGAAAGUAAUUUAAAGAUUAGGAUAUGUUAGUGAGGAAAUUAUAACAUUUGCUUGUUAAUUUUAAGACAUGGGAAAAUAAUAUAUAGCAGUUGGUAUCGAAUUAUAAGAUGAUUCUGGUAAGAUCUAAUUAUUGAGUAAAAAUGAAUAGAAAUGGUCUUAAAUCAAAGUUGUAAAAGUUUAGCAUUCAAUUAUAAAAAUUAUUCAUCCUUGCGAAAGUUAUCUAAUCACAAUUUCUGAGUCGAAGGAAAUGGAAAUGAUUAAUAUUUAAUAAGAUAAUUAAUAAAUUGAUCUGAUUAUUAAAGAAGAAUCAAAUAUAAAAGACAUUGCUUAGAUAAAUCCUUCUACUUUGAUAUAUAUAACUAGCAAUUAAAUACAUUCAUUUAAUUUUUAGAAUAAAAGAAAAUUGCAUUAAAUUGAUGGAAAUGAAGAGCAUUAGUGUUUGGAAAUAAUGAAUUCUGAAAACUUUAUUGUUGGAAAUUCAGAAGGGAAAGUGCUGAUCUGUACUUUUUAAAAUAAAAUUCAAAUUAUCAAUCAGAUAAGUAUUCAUUAAAAGGAUAUCAGAUAUAUAAGUAAAAUUGAUUAAAUGCAUUUUGUUACAUCCUCUUAUGAUGGAAAACAUAUUAUAGCGUCAAAAAAUGGUAAACAAAAGAAUAUAAUAAAAGAUGGACCUAAAAUCAACUUUUCUGAACCUUUGUUGUGGGUUAAUGAAUUAAGAUGCUUAAUUGCAUCUUCUGGAGGUUAAAUCUUUACGUAUUAUUGA